AUGCCCCUGUUCGCAGAAGGAACAGGAGUCCCCAUUCACCUGCAUAACGCUUCCAGCGCAGCAGCCCCCUCCGCGGAAGCCCAAGUUCCUCCGCGCGUCCGCAUCAAGAACCGUCGCAAGACCUAUCUCGACCGGCAUCCCGAAUAUUUCGGCCCGCAGCUCGAGCUGGCAGAUCCGCUCCUCUACGACCGCCUCGUCCGCCGCUUCCAGACGCCCGAGGAGCGCGAAGCCGAAGGCCGACGCAAGGGAUACUCGGGCAUCUUGGAGGCGGACCUCUAUCGCAGCGAGGCGAAGCUAGACGCGCUGCACCAUCCUGACCCGCAUGCCUUGUUUACGUAUAGACGGGGCCCGGAUGGAGAGAUCCUGGCCGAAGAGAAGGAUGAGGUACCUACGAACAAAGAGGAGGGGCUGGACCGGUGGAAGUGGGAGAUGGAGGCUCGGUUCCUGAGGGGCGGGGAUGACGACUUUGACUAUGAUGCCGUCGAUCAGAAUUCAGAGUACGAUGACCGGGUGGUUGAGGAGAGGGACGCGCAGGAUAGGUAUUUUGACGAGGAAACGCCGCAUUUCGUGGACGGCGAGGAAGAGGGAGAGCACGGGGAUGGGAAGAGUAGGAGCCGCAGCGGGAGCAGAGCCCAUGAUUUAAAAGGUGAGACCGGAGUGCAGGACUUUUGA